AUGUAUCUAACUUUUAUCUGUGUUAAUCCAUGCAGGCAUUGGUUGAAUUUAUGGCAGACUAAUGAAACUCUCGUGUUUUGCCUUGCUGAUCCUGGCGAUGCUUUUCUUCUCCCCACUCCCUACUACCCUGGGUUCGACAGAGACCUCAAGUGGCGAACAGGAGUUGAAAUUGUACCGAUACAGUGUAAUAGCUCGAAUGGCUUCAGAAUUACUGGAUCUGCUUUAGAAGAAGCUUAUCAAGAGGCUGAAAGACGAAAUCUUAAAGUUAAGGGCGUAUUAGUAACUAAUCCUUCAAAUCCACUUGGAAUAACGCUGAGUCUGACCGAGCUUAAUCUCCUAGUAAACUUCAUUUCUGCCAAAGGUAUCCAUUUGAUAAGUGAUGAAAUAUAUUCCGGACUGGUUUUUAACUCGCCGGACUUUGUGUGCAUAAUGGAGGUUUUGAUGAACAAAAAAUACAAGAACGCACAAGUUUGGGACCAAAUUCAUAUAGUAUACAGUCUCUCCAAAGAUUUAGGUAUUCCAGGAUUUCGAGUUGGAGCAAUUUACUCUAACAAUGAAAUGGUUAUAUCUGCAGCAACAAAAAUGUCAAGUUUCGGGUUGGUUUCUUCUCAAACUCAGUAUCUUCUUUCAGCCAUGCUUUCAGACAAAAAUUUUACGAAAAACUACGUCUCAGAAAGUCGAAAACGGGUUAAACAUAGGCAGGAAAUGCUGAUUCGAGGUCUUAGAAAUGUCGGUAUUGGCUGUUUGGAAAGCAAUGCAGGUUUAUUUUGCUGGGUAGACAUGAGGCACCUUUUGAGUUCCAAUACUUUUGAAGCAGAAUUGGAGAUUUGGAAGAAAAUUAUUUAUGAAGUUGGUUUGAAUAUGUCUCCUGGAUCUUCUUGCCACUGCCCCGAGCCUGGUUGGUUUCGUGUUUGCUUCGCAAACAUGUCAGAAGAAACCCUAAACCUUGCUAUGCAACGAGUGAAAGUCUUUGUCAAUUCAACGAAUACUAGUGGCCGCAAUAGCAAUCAAUAUCCAAACAAGAAUUUGCGAAGAAAGUCACUCGCCAACUGGCUAUCAUUUCAUGAGCACGAAUGUGAACGAUAG